GGACCAGAUGCUGGUGCCUCCAGCAGUGCACCCUCUAGCCGCCAACUGGAGGAACGCGUUGACCACGUACUGGCAAUGCUCGGCGACAUCAGCACCUUCGCUGCGCCGGCCACCAUCAGCAGUCAGCUGGAGGCAUUGAAGACCGAGGUCCAGCAACUGCAGUCGACGAACACGGAUGGCAAUCCAAAGCAAUACAAGAUGCCAACUUUCCAACUGGAAAAGUUCGACGACUACACACAUCAGCGAAGCAUUCACAACACAACUUCGGAUUCUGCCUGUCGCCAAGCACGCGUACAUCGGCGCCCUGUUCAUGAACUCAAAGGGCGGAUGCCAGAACUGGUUGACUCACCUGGCAGCCACCCACGGCGUCGACGUCGCGGAUCUGAAGGACAAGAUCACAUGGGAAGAGUUGACACGGUUGUGGAAGAAGCGGUUCAUCGUCGACGACGUACCAGCACUAGCCAUCAACCGUCUCUUCGCCAUGUCUCAGGGCAACACAGCAACACGUGACUGGCUCACGGAAUGGCAGAAGAUCGCGGCAGUGCCCGAUCUGGACUUACCAUUCAUGCAUCUACGCCGUGAGUUCUAUAACAGGUCAUGCGCUGCGCUGAGCCAGGCACUUGGUGAUCGCGAGCAGUAUGCAUCUUUCGCCGAAAUCAUCGACAAGGCAAGAGAGAUCAUCAAGACCAACAGGGCGGCUGCACACGAGAAGUCCACGUGGCAGCCAACCUAUGUGGAGAAGGUGAGAACUGGUCCGCGACAGCAGCAGUUCGCUGCAGUCCAAUCGGACAGUGGAGAAGACCCAGCAGCCACUCCAGCAUCAUGUGAGGGAGAUCAGGUGGCUGCUGUCCAGCCGCGAAGCAACAAGCCCCGAGUGAACGGGAAGGCGAAACCAGCAUCGCAGGCCGGAAAUGGACAGCCAGCACCACCAUGGGUCAAGUUCGGCUUGACCGAGGCCGAGUACAAGUACCACAACCUACCGACUCCGCUGAUGGACGCCGGAGUAGAGGUUGUCGACCUUCGCGCCUACAUUGAGAAGAUCGACCGCAAGUUCAAGACGCAACGGUACGACGACAUCGACGCACCAUUGCUAUAUGUACGCAUUCAGAUCGGGGAGGCGACCUGCAGCGCUUUGAUCGAUUCCGGAGCAUCUCGCAACUACAUGAGUCAGGACUUCAUGGAAGAGUUAAGUGUGCUUCGGGCACAACUCGACGACCUUCUGGAGAAAGGUUGGAUUCGGCCUAGCUCAUCGCCAUACGGUGCUCCUAUUCUCUUCGUCCGAAAGAAGAACAAGGAUUUGCGGUUGUGCAUCGAUUAUCGCAAACUCAACGCGCGGACGAUCAGAAACGUCGGCCUUCUCCCACGCAUCGACGAUCUUCUUGAGCGACUGGGCGGCGCCAAGUUCUUCUCCAAGCUCGAUCUCAAGUCGAGAUAUCACCAACUCGAGAUGCGCAAGGAGGAUCGCUACAAGACUGCGUUUAAGACGCGAUAUGGGCAUUUCAAAUGGCUGGUUAUGCCAUUUGGCCUUACGAAUGCCCCGGCCACUUUCCAAGCGGCUAUGACAACGGAGUUCCGACACAUGCUGGAUCGAUACGUACUUAUCUACCUCGACGACAUCCUGGUGUACAGCCGGAGUUUGGAGGAGCAUGUGGAACACCUGCACACCGUUUUGGAGCGGCUACGACAGGCCAAGUACAAAGCCAACCGCGACAAGUGCGAAUUCGCACGGCAGGAGCUGGAGUACUUGGUACACUAUGUGACACCGCAAGGCAUCCGUCCGCUUGCGGACAAGAUCGAGGCCCUACGAGUAUGGCCCGAGCCCACCAACACCACGGAUGUUCGUUCAUUCAUGAGAUUGGCGGGCUACUAUCAGCGAUUCAUCACCGGAUAUUCCAGGAUUGCUGCACCUAUGACGAGGUUACAGUCGCCAAAGGUGCCAUUCGUAUUCAAUGACGACGCACGCCRGUCAUUCCAAGCACUUAAGACGGCYAUGCUYAUGGCACCCGUCCUUAGCAUCUAUGACYCCACMCURCCGACSMGAGUGACUACGGACGCUUCCGRCUAUGGMAUUGGGGCAGUCUUGGAACAGCACGACGGCGACGACUGGCACCCUGUGGAGUAUUUCAGCCACAAAGUGCCUCCCAUCAACUCGCUUGAUGAUGCAAGGAAGAAGGAGCUGCUCGCAUUCAUCAUGGCUCUCAAGCGAUGGCGACACUUCCUCCUUGGGCGUCGUAGGUUCACAUGGGUUACAGACAACAAUCCAUUGACCUACUACAAGACGCAGGAUACGGUGAGCAGCACGAUCGGACGAUGGAUGUACUCCAUCGACCAGUUUGACUUCACACCGAAACAUCUUCCCGGCCUCUCCAAUCGCGCAGCAGAUGCACUCUUCAAGCCCCGCAACCGCAAUCCCUACAGCGAGUUACGCCCAAUGCCUAUCCCACGGGAACCUGGUCUCUCCAUUGCCAUGGACGUCACCGGUCCGUUUCCCCGCGACCGGCUCGGGCACGACGGCAUCCUCACGGUUGUGGACCGAUUGACAGGCCCUGCAGCAAAUGCUGCACCAGCCGCAGCAUGCUCUGCAGCAAAUGCUGCACCAGCUGCCGCACUAGCUGCAGCACGGCCUGCUCCGGCAUCUGCAGCAUGUGCUGCUGGACCAGAUGCUGCAACUGCAGGAGGUGUUGCUGAAGCAGCAGCUCCGGCAUCUGCAACAUGUGCUGCUGCAGCAGCUGCAUCAGGUGAUGCUGCACGUGCUGCUGCAGUGGCAGCUCGAGGUGGAUGGAGGAGGUGGAUGGAGGAGGUGGAUGGAGGAGGUCGCGGGAGGCGGGCGAGAGGAGGGCGGGAGGAGGAGGAGGACGUGAGGAGGAGGAGGACGUGGAGGAGGUGGCAGGAGGAGGCUGGAGAAGGUGGAGGUGGGCGGGAGGAGGUCGGCCAUGUUUAUCUUCUCUGUCUCGAUAUCAGAGGAGGAGGACGACGAGCAGGACAAGGAGGAGGUCAGGAGGAGGAGGACGACGAGCAGGAGGAGCAGGACGACGAGAAGGAAGAAGAGGAGAAGGAGAAGGAAAAAGAAGACGAGGAAGAGGAGGAGGAGGAGGAGGAGGAGAAGGCGAAGGACGAGGUGCUCACGAUAGGGGGAGGCGGGGAAAGGCCGCGCAGGACGGGUGAGGGCGAUGUCGAAGGGGAGGGGAGGUGUGGCGACGGGAGAGCGGAGGUCGCGAAGGGGAGGGCGAGUCCUAUGGCGAAGAGGAGGGACGGGCGAGGAGAAAGGGGAGAAGGCAGAAGAGGAGGAGCGGGAGGAGGAAGAAGAGGAGGAGGAGGAGGCGGAGGAAGAAGAAGAAGAGGAGGAAGAAGAAAAGAGGAAGGUGAGGAGGAGUAUCAGAAUGACGAAGACGAAGAGGAAGAGGAGGAGGAGGAGGACGACGACGAGGAGCAGGAGGUGGAGGAGGAGGAGGAGGAGGAAGAAGAAGAGGAGGAGGAGGAAGAGGAGGAUGACGAAAACGAAACGAAAGAAGAGGAGGAGGGGGAGUAGAAGGAGGAGGAUAAGUCUAUAAGGAGGACAAGCAGGAUCA